UGUCGUCAAGAUGCGAACGAUCAACUCAAAUCAGUGCGUUAAAAUCCCAAAGGAUAUUAAAGCCUCCGUAAAGGCUCGUGUGGUAACAAUUACCGGCAAAAGAGGAGUUCUGAAGCGCAGCUUUAAGCAUCUGGCUUUGGACAUGUACAUGUCGGACAAACGCACGCUAAAGGUGGAAAAAUGGUUUGGCACUAAAAAGGAACUUGCUGCUGUGCGCACCGUUUGCAGCCACAUUGAGAACAUGAUCAAGGGUGUCACAUUCGGGUUCCAGUACAAAAUGCGUGCCGUAUAUGCUCAUUUUCCAAUUAACUGCGUAACCUCCCAAAACAACUCGGUUAUUGAGAUUCGCAACUUUUUGGGUGAGAAAUACAUACGCCGUGUGGAGAUGGCGCCUGGUGUCACUGUUGUUAAUUCAACAGCCCAAAAGGACGAACUUAUUGUGGAAGGCAAUGAUAUCGAGGCCGUAUCUGGUUCUGCUGCACUUAUUCAGCAAUCAACCACCGUUAAAAACAAGGAUAUCCGUAAAUUUUUGGACGGUCUUUAUGUAUCUGAAAAGACUACAGUUGUGAAACUAGAAGCUUAGAAUUACAUACGAGUUUCAUCCGAAAAAUUCUAUAAAUAAAUUCGUGUUGGCCGAGACA